AUUGGAGAUAAAACUUUCCAAGUCCUUGGUGAUCUUCAUAGUGAGGGAGACUGUACUUACUUGAAAUGUUCUAUAAAUGGAGUUUCUAGUAAAACUAAGUUAAUUAUCCUGGAAAACACAAUUUACCUAUUUUCUGUGGAAGGAACUGUUCAGUUUGACAUUCCAGUCCCCAAAUACUUGUCCUCAGUGAGCUCAGAAGGAACUCAGGGAGGAGCCAUAGCGCCCAUGACUGGAACCAUUGAGAAGGUGUUCGUAAAAGCUGGAGACAAGGUCAAAGCUGGAGAUUCUCUAAUGGUCAUGAUCGCCAUGAAGAUGGAGGUAAGUACGUGCAAUCGUGAGGUCAGUUGCCAGGUAAACGGUGGGCGGUUAGCAGACCUAGUUGUUCUUUUCCCUUAUUUAGUAAGUUAA